AUGACUGAGAGCAUCUAUUCCGUUACCCCUCUCCCUUCCCAAUUCCCCUAUUCUACUCAAUCACCUGAACCCUGUGGCAAGAUCUGCAUAGGGCAGACAAUCUACACCAUAGAGAGAAUUUUUUUUGCGAGAUGGGGCCUCGUUGGUCGUGGCACCGUUUGCUACUUAGUCACCUUGGACGAUGAAGACUAUAUCAUCAAAGAUCAUUGGGUUGUGGGUAAGGAUGAUCGGGUAGUCCUGAACGAGAUUAAGAUGCUCGAGUUGAUGGAUGGUGUCCCUGGUGUUCCAAAGCUGCCAUGUGGUCACCCCCUUCACAUGUUCCGAACACUUAAGGAGUUUGUGCAAGCACUAAGAGAUAUUGUUAAGAUUCAACAAACUGCAGUGGAGGAACAUCAGAUUUUGCAUCAGAAUUGUAGUCUUAACAACGCGAUGAUCCUAAACGACAUUGGUGGCAGCAAAGGCUUUCUUAUUGACUGGGAGUUUGCGGUUCGCAUCGCUGCAGAUCACAAAUAUCCCCUUGGUGGUACAGGCACAGUCGCUUUCAUAUCAUGCGGGUUUCUUAACCAAGUCUCAGUCAUCCAGCAGGAAGCCAAGUUAAAAUCUCAGGAGAAAAAAGCGACUCAGGGACACAAAUCAGUCGAAAAACCGACAACCCCGAAAUCGUCCUCUGAUUCUAAAGCACUACCUGUAUCAUACGUCCUUCAAACUUUUUUGGAUGACCUGGAGUCCCUUUUUGUUGUGUUCACGUGGGUUUGCAUCAAGUUCUGUGGUCCCAACGGCAUGAUCACUUUUUUUGCGAAUCCGACAGAUGGAAAGCGUCUUAUAGACAAAUUUCACCCAUACUUCAACCUCCUGAUCAUGAUCCACCCCGUCACCUUCGACAUCAUUCUUGGUGUACUCAAUUCUUAUCUCGACAAGGAGCUCAUAUCUACUGUGAACAUGCUCAGGAAUGAUGCUGUCAUUCUCACACAUCAUGUCAAGGGCAAACAGAUUGCUUCAGAGUCUUUCUCUGUGGCAGCCACAACACCCAAGCGGCAAAAGUCUCGCCAUGAGUCGCCUUCUCCUGCGUUCUUUCUUGCAGUCAUGCCUCCUCGCACUGUUACCAGUCCCAAGAAGAAAAGGUCCAAGCGCAAAGGAUCUGAAGCUUCAAAGGCUGGCUUGCCCAAGAAGACUCAAGCUGCAGAUGUUGCUGAAGUACCUGGUGUGGUACCUCUUGUAUCCCUUGACCUCACUGCAGCAGAAGUGGGAGACAAUGCACCCCGGCGUUCUGGCCACCCUAAUGCAGGAACUGGAGGUAGGAACGUGCAGCUGAAGAAGAUCGGAUCAGCACUACAAUCUAAGCCUCAAACCUAUGGACGUAAGGGCACGACAUCUCUUGGCCCUGACAUUCCAGUCAAUUCUCAAGCCCCAGAACCGCAUUAUAGCCAUCCAGAUGUCCCAGCCAUGGAUAUCAUUCACACAGGGCCCAGCUUUACAUUGCAGCAACCUGGUGGAAGGUUCGGAUUUGCUGCUCCAAGCACUACAGAAAUCGCUCAUUCUGAUACUACCGAGCUCAAUCUUCAGGCAUUGAAUGACCCAUAUGUCGCCAUUAGGACAAAGGUCGUUGAGCAGCAUGUUCCUGAUGCUAUCGCUGAGCAGAGAGCUAGGGACACAAUCACUGAGCAGCGAGCUAGGGACGCAAUCACUGAGCAGGAUGCUAUCGCUGAACAGCACGCCCAGAAUGUUGUCCCUGAAAAUCCGGUAUUGCUAAGGUCUGUGUUUUCAGAGCAGAACUUGGAUCCAGCCCUACACCAGGAGGAUGAUGCUGUUAGGGCUCAGUAUUGUUUGAGGCUGCUAGGAUCUGAGGAGCACAGUGACUCUAAAGGCAGUAGCAGCAGUGAUGAUAGCGAUGACAGCGACAAUGAAGAUGCCGAUGAAGAUGAAGAGGACAAUGGAAAGGACGCAGAGGAGGGCAAUAACAACAACACAGUUAAGGACUCACAGGAUUUUGGUUGGGGGGAGGUUGGCCAACACCAGAAAGAACAUCCAGGAUUUUUAGAAGAUGCACUACCUUCGCAACCUGCAGUCGCUCAUGCUCUCACACCUGAAUUUGAAUUCCAGUACUCGCGCGAUGAAGAUGAUGUGAUUGCCCAAAUGAGCCUUGAUAAAACCUCAGGCCCUCCGGACAGCUCACCAGGACUGCAAGGGCAAUGGUCCCAACACAUGGAGACCAUUACCUCGAAGCCCAACAACGUAUUGCAAUGCCACCAUAAGAAAAAUGGAAAGCCCCGCCUUCCUGAGCCUGAAUCCCUCAAACUAUUGGAUCAAGUAACCAAGUCUAGUGUUCAGCCAUCAAAAAACAAAAAAUCCAGGUCAUCACAUGGUGGGCCAACACCCAAUCAAUUAUCUUGGUACAGGCCGCACUGGAAAAGUUUUCUGGAGGAUGCCAAAGCAGAAUUUUGUGUGCAACACGCCCUGGAGAACCCGUUUCCAACUUUGGUGAAGAAUCUACCAGGAACAAUAACUGAAGUUCUUGUUGCAGUGUUAGUCAUGUGGGAUACAAAUGGCAAACAAUUUGAAGCUGGCAAGUACUCAUUUGUUCUUAUUCGUUCUGGAACUCAUCUGUCAUAUUGUGAUGCAGGGGUUUGGCCAGGGCAAAAAUUCAAUAUGACUCUGUUGCUGUACGACGAUCUUUCAACUUGGCGAUCUGACUUGAAGAAGACUGCCAUAAGCACUGUACCAGUAUCAUAUUCGCUUGUUCCUCCGCUUUCAGUCCCCGUUCAAGAACGUGCUGCUUGGAUCAAACAUGUUGCAGCUGAAUUAAUCAAAGGAUCAUUUUUCUUACGGUUUGGGGUGGAUGAACAGUCAUGUGAUUCAAUAUGA